AUGGCUACCAAGGUUGCAAUUCUAGGAGCCACCGGCCAGAAUGGGAGCUCCAUUGUGAAUGGCUUGCUUUCUGCAAGCCAUAAGUUUGACAUCACCGCCCUUCUUCAGGGUCUCGAUAUCCUUAUUGUGUGCUGUAUCCUCAACGAAGUGCCCCUCAUCAAUGCAGCGAAGAAGGCGGGCGUGGGACGCUAUAUCCCUUGCUUUUAUGCAUCGGUGAUGCCAAGAGGUGUCCAGACACUGCGAGAUAACAAGGAAGCCUCCCUAGAUCACAUUCAGCGUGUUCACCUUCCCUACACCGUCAUUGAUGUCGGUUGGUGGUAUCAGAUUAGCCUCCCGCGACUUCCAUCUGGUCGACUUGACCGUAGCCUAUUCCUCUACAAUACUGCCAUUGGCGGUAACGGCGAUGUUCUUUCUGCCCGAACCGAUUCUCGGGAUGUCGGGGCAUACGUCGCACGUAUUAUUACAGAUCCCCGAACUCUAAACCAGAAAGUUUUCGCCUUCACUGAUCUUCGCACACAGAACGAUCUAUGGGACACUGUCGCAAGGCUUAGUGGUGAGAAGCUUGAGAAGAAAUACCGUACCGCCGAGGAGAUCGAACAAGGCAUAGCCGCGACAAAGGAAAACCAGGCCAAGACGAUGGAUUACUUUCAGUAUACUUACCAAAAGUCCUUUGACCUCAUGGGAGAAAAUACUCCCGAGUAUGCUCGUUAUCUGGGUUACUUGAUCGCCAAGGACCUCUAUCCUGACUUCCAGGGUAUUACAUUCGAAGAUUUUGUCAAGUAUACCUUGGAAAACGGACUAGAGCCCAUGUACGAAGAACAUCAAGAAUGGAUCCGCGCAACAAGUGCCUUUGUCUUCAAGGGUGAACCGACGGCGUAA